AUGGCCGUCCGCCUGGCCGAGUCGCUGCGCGACCAGGGCAAGUUCGACCGCGACGACGUCGAGCACUUGAAGAUUCACCCCAGACGCCUCCUUUGCGGAGCAGAGACGGCCUACGAUACGGGUCUCACGUUUGCGACGGUCUUCCGGGCGCUGAAGAGCGGUAAGAGCGUGGAGGAGGCGACCCAGCUGGUCGCGCACAGCGCCGGGUGCAAUGCGGCGCAUCGCUGCCCGCCGCUCGCCAUGGCCGCCUUCAUCGCCGACGACGACCUUGUUCAGACCACCAUGAGCGAAACGAAGAUCACACACGUGCACCAGCUGGCGGUCGAGUCGGCAGUCGCGUCGAGCCGUAUCUGCCGUGAGCUCAUCCAAGGCUCGACCUGGGACAACGCCAUCAGCAAAACCAGGGAGCUGCUGAAGAGCAUGAAUGCCUCGCACGAAGUGCUCACGGCGCUCAAUCCGGCCAACACCGAACGCUGCAGCCUAGACAGAGGAGGCACGAGCGAGUGGUCAGCAAUUCUGAGCGUCAUCUUGAGCUUUGCUCCCGAUGUGCUGCGAACGGCACUGUACUUUGUGGAGAAUAGUCGGGACUUCAACAGCGCCCUGGACCCAUCACUCACCUUUGCGGGCUCAGCCAACUAUUGCCCCGUCAUCGUAGGAGCUCUGGCUGGCGCGCGCUACGGUCGCUCGGCGAUCCACGAGGCACACUUCACGUCGAACCGCGAACUCAGUCCUGCAUUGUUGACGCGCCUGGGCUCAGUGGUCGACAGCCUGGCCGCGGGUUGGUCCGCGCCUGCUGCCGAUCCGGCUGAGUGA